GAGCCCAACUUUCUGGGGGUUAGGGUUACCUGCCGGUUGGCGGUGAGGGCCGCAGCCCUAACGGAGCAUGAGCGCCAAGACUUCCUGAAUCCACUUCAAAAUUUCCAGUUCCAGAUAUUGCCAAUUGCCCACGGCCACUGCAGCACAACUCCCACCCAUCACGAACGAUCAAAUCUCGCAUCUCCCCCAAAUCACCAGAAAGCACCCGCCAAAAUGCCUGGAGGUGUCACCGUUCGCGAUGUCGAUGCUCACAAGUUUGUCGCGGCCUACGCGGCUUUCUUGAAGCGUCAGGGCAAGCUCCCUGUUCCCGGUUGGGUCGACACCGUCAAGACCGGCCCGGCCAAGGAGAUGCCUCCUCAGGACAUUGACUGGUUCUACGUCCGCGCCGCUUCCGUCGCCCGCCACGUCUACCUGAGGAAGACCGUCGGUGUUGGCCGUCUCCGCAAGGUCCACGGCAGCGCCAAGAACCGCGGCACCCGCCCCUCCAAGCACGUUGAUGCCAGCGGCAGCGUCGACCGCAAGGUUAUGCAGGCCCUCGAGAAGAUCCAGGUCCUUGAGAAGGAUGAGGAGAAGGGUGGCCGCCGCAUCACCCAGCAGGGCCAGCGUGAUCUUGACCGGAUCGCCCAGACAGUUGCUGAGGCCGAUGAGGAGGAGGAGGAGGAUGAGGAGUAGACACAGCUCUCCUGGCUGAGGUGUUUCACCUCCCAAAUCUCUCCAUCGAAGAGGGAAUUUGCUGGGCUUCAUUAGGGCUAGUGGCAAUACGCAGUUGGGUUGGGUCUGGUCAUGAUUCCCGGUAGCAUCUGGUUUAGGCGUCAUAAAAGGGAUUGUUGGCUUCCUCGAUCACAUCCUGAGCCAUCCCCGCUUUACCCUCUCUCGGUCAUCUUACUCUGCGUUCACGUCAACCUCCACUGACACAAUUUAAGUUGCCUCCAGCCCGCUCCGCAGGAGUGUACUGCUGGCUAGUUCUCAACCUUUAUUUUCCUGCUUUUCAGCGUUUCAUACUUCCCAGUCUUCGCCGUGGUCCAGCGUGCUCGUCUCUCAUAUCUCGACGCUCUUUUCGCUCCGGUCUCCCCUUCUCGCUCUUACGCGAGACCUCGUCUUUCUCCAAGCUCCCCAUUCCCGAUUCUCAGGAAGGAACCUGUGCGAGUUACAAUUUCAAGACUUUGCGCGCCAGAAUCUGGCUAUACUUCCCCGUCACUUCUCCCACCACUACUUCAGCAAAUCUGGCCGCUCACCUAUUCGUUUCAACUUCAAGCUCCGCAGGCUUCUUUCCUCCAUCCCGCGAUUACCGGCGAGCAUCGAGUCUGCAGCACCGACUCUCAGCCCCAUCGCUCUUUUUCCUUUUUUUUUUUUU